CUGGGUGGUGGAAGAUCUGGGCGGCCGAGAAGAGGCCGGGCGAGCCGGCCAGCUGCUGCAGGGCGCCGUGCACGCAGCCCAGCCCCGGCGGGUACGCCAGGAGGGCGCCCAGCCGCUCGCGGGUCUCGCCGCGGGCGCCUGCGGGCACAGGGGAAGCUGGGUGAGGUGCCCCGGGUGGGACAGCCCCGGGGGACACAGGCGGUGCCCACGGCAGUGCCGGUGCUCGCGGGCGGCCCCUCACCCAGCAGCAGGUGCGAGAGCCCCGUGGCGACGUUGAUGGGGGAGAAGAGCAGGUUGGCGUCGGGCCGGGCGGCCUCGGCCAUGUGCUGGUAGAAGCGGAGGGCGAAGGUGCCCAGCGCCUCGGCCACGGCCGCCCGCUGCUCCCCCGUGGGCUCCCCGCAGGCCUCGGCCGGCUCCUCGUCCCCGGGGCACGGCGGGGUGGUGGUGCCUGGGGGUCCCUGAGUGGUGCCAGGCGUGGGCACAGCCGUGGUCCCGUAGGCUGUGCUUCCUGGCUCCUCAGAGGCUCCCUCAGGUUCUGUGGGCCCAGGGGCGUCUGUGGCCCCGUGAGGGGCAUCCCAGCCAGGCAGCCCCUCGGGGUGGGCAUGGGGGGUGGGUAUAGGCAGGACAGGUGCCCCCACGUCCUGCGGGGGGGCCGUGGCAGGAUGGGGGGGCACUGGCGGUGUCGGGGGCUGUGUGAGCAGCUUCGCUCCGCUGGGAGAGGCCUCCAGAGUGGGCACCUGGGUAUAGGGACCUGGGUGAGGGGGGCACGGUGCACCCGGGUGGGCAGCUUAGAUGAGGGGAGACAGAGGGGCACUGGGCACAGGGAGCCUGUGUUCCUGGGGCACACUUACCGGGCUGACAGUGGCCACGGCUGUGGCCACCAGCCACGCCAGGGGCAGCCAGAGUGUCAUGGUGGGCAUCCUGGUGGGAGGGCACAGGUCAAGGGCAGGACAGGCACCCUGCACCCCCACCCCGGCACCUGCAUCCCCACUCCCUGCACCGCCUGUAUCCCCACCCCGUGCGCCCCCAUCCACCCCGGGGUGCCCCCAUUCUGCCCCCCCGGGGGUCGGGAGGAGGCAGCACCCCGGGCCCACCUGGGUGCCCGGCGGGUCGGUCCCUGCGUGUCCAGCGGGCUCCGGGGGAUCUGGCCGGCUCCGGCCCUGCCUGGUUAAAGAUUAAGGAGGUUCCCGUAAAUCAGCCGGGUGUGCGAGGGCAGCCGGGGUGGGACGGGCGGGGCGGUUCUGGGGGCAGCCGAGGAGGCGGGAUGCGGCCCCGCGUCCCGCUCUGCCCCCGUCAGGCACCCGCUGGACGGUGCGGGGCGGCGCUCCUGUCACCCACCGCCACCGGGAGCCCCGGGUGGCGGGUGUUCCCGGCCGUCCCAGACCCGUCUGCUCGUCCCGGGGGUGCGGCCGGAGAAUCUCGUCCCGCCCGCCCCGGGGCGUGAUCCCGCGGAGCCCGUCCCCGUGGCACCGGGCACCGAUCACCAUGGCCGUGAGGAUCACCAAGGAGCUGGAGGAGGUGCGGGGCUGGGAGGGAGCCCGAGACGUGCGGCCGCUGGACCGGAACGUGCGGCGCUGGGAAGGGCUCCUGCUGCCCAACACCCCCCCGUACAACGUGGGUGCCUUCCGCUUCGAGCUGACCUUCUCCCCGCGGCACCCGCUGGAGCCCCCCCGUGCCACCCUCCGCACCCCCAUCUACCAUCCCGGCGUGGACCCCGAGGGUCGCGUCUGCCAGCUCCUCACCACCCACGAGCACUGGGCACCCACCACCCGCGCCAUCCAAGUGCUGCAGGACCUGCUGCAGCUGCUGGACAGCCCCGACCCCCAGCGGGUGCUGCGGCUGGACCUGGCCCGGGAGCUGCAGGAGCACCCCGAGGAGUUCCGGCGCCGGGCACAGGAACACACCCGGCUCCACGCCGAGCCGCGCCCCGACCCCCCCGGCCCCUGAGCCCCCCACCCGGGGGCACCUCGGCUGCCCCUCUCCUUCCCUAUGCCAGCCAGGGCUGGCCCUGGCAUCACCCCUGCCUCGGCGCUGGACCUUGGGCAUCGGGGGCCCCUCUGGCACCGUGAAGGGGGUCCUGCCCCCCCCACAAGAGCUGGCCCCCCACAAGAGCUGCCCCCCCGUACAUAAGGCAAUAAAUUUGCUCCAGCACCUG